AUGGGUAAAGCAAAGCGUAAGCACCCUGACAUCGAAGAGACCCUCGCGAGGCCCUGGUGCUAUUACUGCGAGCGGGACUUCGAUGAUCUUAAAAUCCUCAUCAAUCACCAGAAGGCCAAACACUUCAAGUGCGAGCGAUGUGCACGGAGACUGAACACGGCAGGCGGUCUGUCGGUCCACAUGACUCAAGUCCACAAGGAAACCCUCACCAUCAUUGAAAAUGCGCUACCCAAUCGAUCAGGUCUGGAUGUCGAGAUUUUUGGCAUGGAGGGUAUUCCGGACGAUGUCGCCCAAAGCCACAAUCAGCGCGUCCUACAACAGUUCGCCCAGGCUGAAGCUGAGCGCCGAGCUGCGACAGGCAACCUUGGACCUGCAGGGGGAGGAGGCCCAGCCAAGAAACCCAAAUUCGAGCCUCCAUCUGAUCUGAAGAAGCGCCUGGCAGAACACAAAGCAAAAAAGGCGGCAGAAGAGGCAGCUGGGAUUAGCAGUGGAGCCAACACGCCGGGUGGGAUGGCGCAAGGCAAUCAGAGCCCAGGCUUGGGUCAGAGUCCUGGCAACUAUGUGAGUCAUUCGAUGACCCUGUUCAUCCAACUUCGACUAAGUGGUCUUGAGCAGGCCGGCUCGCCAGGUUAUCCUCCCCAGCAGCAGCAACAACAGCAAAUGCCUUUUGGAGGCCCACCUCAAAACUCGUCCUAUUCUGCCUUUCCUCAACCUUACGCUCAGCAACCACCGCCCUUUCAACAACCGCAGUCUCCAUUUCCUCCGCAACAGCAGAAUUUUGGUCCACCUCAAAAUCAAGGCUUUGGGCCGCCUCAGCAAUUCCCCCAGCAAGGCGGGCCGGGCUUUCAACCCCAAUUUCAGAAUGGACCGCCUCCUCAAUUUCAGAACAGCCCUCCUCCAUUCCACAAUGGUCCUUCACAAUUCCAAAGUGGACCGCCUCCUUUCCAGAACGGACCACCGAAUCAGUUUCAAAACGGUCCACCGCCGUUUCAGAACGGGCCUCCACCCCAAUUCCAGAACGGGCCUCCAAAUUUCCAGAAUGGCCCAUACAGCGGUUCUCCGCCUCCUCCAUACCAACAAAACCAAUUCCAGCCUCCACAAAAUCAUACACCAUUGCAGCAUACCAUACCCCAGCGUCCUGGAAGCUUGCCGCCAGCACCUGGACUGCCUCAAAGACCUUCCUUUGGUGCUCCGCCAGUGAACGCUUUCCAAAUGCAGCAGAUGCACCAAGGACAGCUGCCUGGGCCGCCCACUCCUACAGAUCAUUCUCACAAUGCUCAACAGCAGCAUGGUCAAAAUGGAGGUCUUGGUGGGCCAGCGGGCAGUGGACCUCCGCCAAGCUCGCUCCCGGCCCCUCUUUCAGCCAACGCUACUUCUCUGGAUGAUCUUGUUUCAGGUGCGGCCAAAGACGCAGACAAAGCUGCGGGUGCUGUAGAGACCAAAACAGAGCUGCCUAAGGUCGAAGAGCCUGCCGAGGAGAAAAAGGGGAAGAAGGAAAAGGACAAGAAUAUGAAGCUGAUAUACUCAGACAACGACGUCAGCCCAGAAGAGAAGAUGGCACAGAUGCCCAGGUACGCAUUCGCUCCUAUUGGAUAG